AUGAGAAGAACUGUUCAUGCAGCAGCUGCUGCUGCUGCAGCAGCAACAUUAGAUAUGGAAGCUGUGCAGCGAUCAUUAGCAGCAGCAGCUUGGCGGCAGGGAGACUUAGGAGGCCAUUUGCAAGGUGUUGUAGAAGAGGAGGAUGAAGACGCAGAGAAGGGGUCUUCAUAUGAGGAGCAGCAGCAAGAGCAGCAGCAUCAGCAGCAACAGCAGCAGCAGCACCAGCAGCAGCAGUGGGGAGCAGCUGCAGACGCAAGAGCAGGCCUUGGCGCCCAGCAAUCUUGCUUAGUUAGAGCAAUCUUCGGAUCGUACUCUCAUAAGGGUUUAAUGCACGAUAACGAAGACAGGGUAAGCGUCAGUGUGUGGGGUCAAUGUUCACAGCAGCAGCAGCAGCAACAGCAGCAGCAGCAGCAACAGCAGCAACAGCAGCAGCGUCAAGCAGCAGCAGAAGCAGCAGCAAAUACAGCAGCAGCAGCAACAGCACCUGCAUCACGUAGGCGGAGCAGCAGCCCUGACAGCAGCAGAAAUAAUGCAGCAGAAGAGGCAGCAGCAGCAGAAAGAAAGAUAAUGGAAGUUGCUGCUGGAGGCCGAGGUCUUGGGUAUGAGCUUCGUGGGGACGGGUCUGCUGCAGCAGCAGGUGCAGCAGCAGCAGCAGCAACAGCAGCAGCAGCAGCACGUGUUGCUGCCUUCCAAGCAGCAGCUGAGCGAGCAGAAGCAGCAGCAGCAGCAGCAGCAACAGAGACAAUAACAUGCUAUGGCCACAGCUGUCAGUUGCCUGCUGCUGUUGCAGGUUUAGUUCGUGUGGGGUUGCAGAGCGGGUUUGCUGCUGAUCUAGGUGCAGCACGUGAAGCAGCAGCAGCAGCAGCAGCAGCAGCAGCAGACGGGGGAUCGGGUGCUGCUGCUGCUGCUGCUGCUGUUGACGCAGCUAUCGAACAUCUCGUUGAGGCGCCGCCAGCCCCCCCUUGGGGAGUAGCAGCAGCAGCAGCAGCAGCAGCAGAGCAGCAGCACCAGCAAAGCAGAUGGAUAGGCUUGCCUGUGCUUCGUAAGAAGAAGACAGUGCGUCCAGGUGUAGAGGGUUCAGCAGUAUCAAUAUGCUGGGAAGCAACAGCAGCAGCAGCAGCAGAAGCAAGAGCAGCAGCAGCAGCAGCAGCAGCAGGAUCGCGUUCUCCUAGUGUAUUAGCGGCAUCAUCAGCAGCAGCAGCAGCAGCAGCAGCAGCACAAGGCGUUCCCGAUAUGAUAUAUCCACCUCAGCUGCCUCUAGAGACAGCUAAAAGAGCUAACACACCCUCUGUUUUCUUUAUUGUUUGCGACGGACAUGAUACGCAUGAAGCUGCUGCUUUCAUAUCCAAGACGCUGCCUCUCUUAGCUUUCAAACGGCUGCCGCACCAUCUGCCGCUGCUGCAGCCUGAUCAGCUGCACACAGCAGCAAGAUCUCUCUUCGCUGACCUUGAUGCGCUUAUGAGGCGCCGAGCUGCUGUCCUAGGAAAGACGCACCCAGAAGCAGCAGGGAGUGGCAGCUGCCUCGUUGCUGCGCUCCUCCAGGGCCCUUAUCUAUUUACCUUUAACUUGGGAGACUGCGGCGCUGCAUUUAUAUCUUUUGAUUUUCGAGCUGCUGCUGCUCGGUCUAUCAGUGGGAAGCAUAAGAACCGUAAUUCUGUUGCUGCUCCUGCUGCUGCUGCUGCUGCUGCUGCUGCUGCUGCUGCAUCGUCUCCCCCUGUCUUUGAUUCGACAGCAGCAUCAGCAGAACUUAACGCUGCUGUUGCUGCUGCAGGAGCUGCUCCUCCUUUGGGCGGCGUAGCACCAGAGGGAGAGUUGCUGCAGCAGCAGCACGAGGAAGCAGCAGCAGCAGCAGCAGCAGCAGCAACAGCAGCAGCCGGCACUAUAGGCUAUUGGGAUUAUAAAGAAUUUGCAUUCAAACCUCUCGCUGGAGGCCAGAGCAACCCAGGAGCAGCAGGAACUCUCUCCGAUUUGCUGCUGCAGCAGCAGCAGCAGCAGAAGCAGCAGCAGCAUACUGCUGCAGAUUGUCCAUGCAGCAGCAGCAGUAGCAGCAGCAGCAGCAACAAACAUCCGCGGGGGAAGCUCGGAUGCUGCUGCAGCAGCAGCGUCAGCAGCGGUACGUCAAUGCCUGUGAGUAGGUCUGCACCGGCGCUGCAGCAGCAGCAGCAGCAGCUGCAGCGCCGCAGCAGCCGCAGCAGCAGCACCAGCAACCUGAAACGAGAGCAUUCUUUUUUCGGGGUUGACUCUUUAGAGUCUGCAGGGUCUACAAGUCGCUGGUUGCAAAUACCCUCGCAGCAGCAGCAGCAGCAACAGCAGCAGCAGCAGCAGCAAAGAGCAGCGGGGCUUGCAGCAGCAGCGGGAGCGCGAGGAAGUGCUUCGGAGUUGCUGUCAGCUAUCAGCAGCAGCAGCAGCAUCAGCAGCCACAGCAGCAGCAGACUGUCUCUUUGCCUCAUUCCCAGCAGCAGCAAGAUGCCUCACUCAGACAGCACUUCUUCUGUAGGAACAUACAGCAGCAGCAGCAGCAGCAGCUGGUGCAGCGGCAGCAGCAUCAGCUUCCAGUGGUUGUCGAGACAGCUUCGCUGCGGCUGCCCGUCAGAAGACAAACGCAUCAGGGCCCUCGGAGUGAGUAUAAUAAACAACAAGAUGGCUGGACAGCUCGAGCCGACUCGCUCAAUAGGCGAUUUUGAUGUGAAGGAUAGGCUGCCUCCUCGUGCACUGUCUAUAGAGCCUGAGAUAUCUGUGUUAUGUCUGUCUUCUUUAUUUUCAUCUAUGUCUGCUACAACCCCUUUAGCUACUCCAGCACCUGCUGCUGCUGCUGCUGUACCCGCACCUAUGAGGCCCUCAGCAGCAGCAGCAGCAAGAGCGGCAGCAGCAGCUACCGAUAGUGUUGCAGCAGCAGCUGUUGCAGACGCUGCAGCAGCAGCAGCAUCCAAUGCAGCAGCAGCAGCAGCAGGCCUUACUAACUGCGGCUUGCUGCUGCUAGCUACUGACGGUGUCUGGGAUUUCAUAUCUGCAGCAGAAGUUCUAAAGUGCGUGCAGCAGAUAAAACCGCUAUGGCGGGCUUUAGAAGGAGCAGCAAAGAGAGAGACAGAGUUUCUUGUCUACAGGCAGCAGCAGCAGCAGCUCCUGCUGCAGGCCCAGCGCUCUCUAAGCAGAUCACAGGUUCAGCAACAGAGGCAGCAGCAACAUCAGCAGCAGCAGCAGCAGCAGCAGCAGCAAAGGCUGCCUGCAGCAUCGCUUGGACGCAGAGUUGCAAGCGCCGGAGAUUUCACCGCCUUCUUUAGAAGCUCCCUGAGCAGCAGCAGCAGCAGCAGCAGCAGCGCCAGCAGGCUGCAGCAGGCUGCUUCCUCGCAACAACCGCAGCCGCAGCAGCAGCAGCAGCAACAGCAGCAGCAGCAGCAGCAGCAGUCUGCUCCUUCGGGUUUGAGAAGAAUUACUAGCUGGAGGCGGCUGCUUCCAACGCAGAGUCAAUCGUCGCAGCAAUUCAGCAGCAGCAGCAGCAGCAGCAAUAACAACAACAACAGCAACAGCACAUUGCGUAGCAUGGACAAGAGCAGCAGCAUCAGCGCGACAGCAGCAGCACAAGCAGCGGCAGCUGUAGCAGCAGCUGAAGCAGGUGCAGCAGCAGCAGCAGCAGCAGCAGCAGCAAGCGAGUCUCCUUUCUCAGGGAUAUGCGGGUUAGAGCAGCAACGACUCAUGUCAGUAAGUCAUUCAAGUCUGCAGCAAAUAUUUACUCCUAAUUAUUAUUCUCUUUUAGAGUCACCAACCCCACAGCUGCUCAACGAGCUGUGUCGUAAAAUAGUAAAGAAAGCAAUUAAAAACGGCUCAGCAGACGAUUGCACUUGUCUCGCAGCAUUUCUUUAUCCUGUUGCUGCUGAGAAAGAUAGAGCACAAGAAAGAGCAGCAGCAGCAGCUGCUGCUGCUGCUGCUGCUCAUGCUCAUGCUCCAGGUGCUGCUCCGCCUGGUCCUGCUGCUGCAGCAACAACAACAGAUCCUGCUGCUGCUGCGGCGGCUGCAGCAGUAGCUGCUGCUAAUGAUGCUGCUGCUGCUGCUGCUAGACCUCCUCAUACCGCAGCACCAACAGCUAAUCCAUAG